AUGUGUGGAUUUACAAAAGUAAAAUUAAAAGUUAUGAGACCCGAUGCGCAUUUGAAAUUUGAAGCGCCAGACUCGAGCUGUUCAGAUAAACCGAAGAACAAUCUGUUCCACAAUGUAAGGGCAGAGGAAAUCAGGGAUUUUCGGGGUAUGAUGUGGAACUCCGGGAUGGGAAAAGAUGACAAUAUCCGGCACAAUGAAUAUCUAGGAGAAUUCGUUCCAGGUAAAGGCAGCGAUUUUAAGCCAAUAACUUCUAUGUCAAACCUUUACAAGUUAACAAUGAAAUAUGUAGCACACGUCAUGCAGUUGGAUGUUGCCAUGAGGUUACUUGCAGAGAACCAUUUAGUAACUGUUACCCAGCUUCAACGUGCGAAGGCACAGUUGAACCUGACGAUGGCAGUAGUCAUGAAGAACAAUGGAAAAGAAAAUACAACGAGGAAUCCUCCAAGGUGGUCACAUUUCUCCGCUGCUAUUCGUCCUGUGCAUGGACUCUUUGAGCCGUUGACUCAAUAUAAGGCACCCAAAACCGAUGAGAAUAUCAUGAAAUCUGUGGCAGAAGAAGUUGAAAAGUUUCUUGAUGUGGUAGGACUAGAAAUUCAGCAAAGUCAGCCACUAACAAUCGAGAAAUGCACUUAUAUGGCGGUACUCUUCGAAGGGAUUCAAGAGUAUAUAUACUUUGGAUUGCGUGAAGCGAGUGCAGCGAGAAUGCCAGAAUACGAUUUAGCUCUAGAAUCAAUGACUUUGUGA